AUGGAGGGGAGCGCAGCCCAGAAUGGCGCAUUACCGCGCAGCUCGACAAUUCCCGCGAUAACCGGCGAGCCCAAACCAGGACCACUCAGAGUCUCGCAAACUUUACCCAUUGGUGCAGGGUCGGUCACGUCGGACGGCGCGUCGGGCUCGAAUAACAGCCAAGAUGCGCAGCGCAAUACUCGUCGCCCACAGCACAUUGGUGGGCCUGUGGCUAGAAACUCGACUUAUACCCUGCAUGAAACAAGAACUGAGAACAGCGCCAUCGACCCUUUAUCUCAGCAUAUCAUCCAGCGAACAAAUACUCAAAAGUCAAUUCCCCUGAAACUGCUUGGUCGGGCUUCGUACGAGGCCGAGGCCGGCAGCUCCGACUUCAACCUGUCAGAGACCAGCACUGCUCGGGGAGAUGCAGCGUCAAACUCAAACCCUCCCAAAGAAAAGAAAAAGGGUGUCUCAUUUCUAAGCCGUCUUAUUGGCACCAAAAAGAAAGACCAGCUCUCCGAGGCAGAAGAUGAAAUCUCGGAGCCAGAUGCCAGCCGCAUGUCCGUCGACACGUCCAAUCCGAUAGGAUUCAUUCCACGGCAUCCGGCGCCUGCGAGAUAUCUUAGAACCCGUGUGCAUUACAAGAAAGAUAAGGCCUUUGACCGGGUGUUUCUAGCACAGGAAUUACUAGAUGGUGCACGCGCUCCGUCCCGAGUCGCCGAUAGACGGAGGUCCAGCCUUGGCAAUGAUGAUAGGACUGGAAGUGCGAUUUGGGCCCUGGCCUUUUCCAAAGAUGGCAAGUUUCUAGCUGCGGCUGGUCAGGAUAAAAAGGUUCGAGUAUGGGCGGUGAUUUCGAACCCGGAGGAGCGCGGAGACGCCACGCGGGGAGGCGAGGGUACGCCGACAGAUCAGCCACCGAGGUUGAAUGCGCCUGUCUUUCACCCUAAGCCGGUUCGAGUUUUUGAAGGACAUACGGGUAGUAUUUUGGAUCUGAGCUGGAGUAAAAACAACUUUCUGCUUUCUUCGUCAAUGGACAAGACUGUUCGAUUAUGGCAUGCCAGUCGGACUGAAUGUCUUUGCUGUUUUCAGCACACCGACUUUGUUACAUCGAUCCAAUUCCAUCCUCGCGAUGAUAGGUUCUUCCUCGCUGGCUCGCUCGACACAAAGCUACGGCUAUGGAGUAUCCCAGAUAAGAACGUGGCAUUCGUCACCACAGUGCCCGACAUGAUCACUGCGGUGUCUUUCACACCCGAUGGACGGUACUCUAUGGCUGGAUGUCUGAAUGGUUUGCUCAAUAUCUACGAAACCGAGGGUCUGAAAGUCUCUGGUCAGAUCCACGUUCGAUCUACUCGUGGUCGCAACUCAAAAAGGAAUAAGAUCACCGGGAUCGACACCAUGACAGUUCCAAAUGAUGAUCCCAACGGCGAUGUCAAAUUGCUGGUCACUAGCAACGACUCCCGCAUUCGCAUGUACGACUUCCGUGAGCGAGCGCUGGAGGCCAAAUUCCGCGGGAAUGAGAAUACGUGCAGCCAGAUUCGUGCAACGUUCACCGAUGACGGCAAGCAUGUCAUUUGUGGAAGUGAGGAUCGCAGAGCAUACGUUUGGCCCAUUGGCACUGUGGAACGUGAUACAGAUAAACGAGCUGUGGAGGUAUUCGAAACACAAUCUGCCAUUGUGACGGUGGCCCUCGUCGCUCCUACAAAGACCAAGCAGGCCCUGGGGCUAUCUGAAGAUCCGAUCUACGACAUCUGCAACCCACCCCCAGUAGCUCUCAUGAGCACGGAAGAACCCUCAAAGCAAGAAAGCCCACCACGAGGACACGAGAGCAACCACAAGCGAUCCUCCUCCGCACCCCGACUAUCCAUCAUCAGCAAAAUGGCCCACGAAUCACCCUCCUACAUCUCUCGCUCCAGACACGCAGACGGAAACAUCAUCGUCAUCGCCGACUACUCCGGCAAAAUCAAAGUCCUCCGACAAGACUGCGCCUACCACAAACGGCGGUAUGAAAACUGGGACGCCAACUCAACAAUCUCCCGACGAAUCCUGCGCCGCUCCAACUCCGCCCGCAACAGUAUCGCCUCUUCCACCGGCAAGGAAUCCUCACACAAAACACCCUCUGAACGUAUCAUAUCCUGGCGUAACUCCGUCGUCCGCCACGGCCGCACCAGCACAGACGGUUCUCGUUCUGGUCUCCGCACACGCUCUCCCUCCCCACAGCACCGCUCGGCUACAUUCCGCCUCUCCUCAUCUCGACCCUCCAGCCUAGCACCAAACGAAUCCCUCUCAGUAGUAACAACAUCCCCGCCACCAUCCCCGCGCCCCUCCCACGACUACACACCCAAACAAAAUGGCCACAAACCAUCCCGCAGCGGUCCACCAGACCCACGCAAGCUCCCUUCUUCCUCAGCAGACCUCGUCGCGAGCGGCAAAACAAAAGACAACCCCCUCUGGUUACAAGGCGACCACAGCUACGCCUACUGGAACAAAAUCACGCACGACGCACUAGCCAUGAAAUCGCGCAAAUCGGAGAAUCUGCUCAGUCCGAAUCGGAUUCCGUCCGUUGGUGGUGGCAGCGAGCGCAAGUUGAGUGUUGCGGCGAGUGUGUUGAGUAGUGAUUAUGGUUCUUCGGCGGGGGAGGAGGAUAUUAUGAGGUGUGAGCAUUGUCGGGGCAUGAAUUUUAGGGGCGUGAAGGGGAGGGAUGGGAGUCAAAAGUUGAUUUGUGUGCAGUGUAAUCGUGCUAUUGAGUGA